AUGCCUCACGAAAGAGACGAAACAAAGAAAGAGAAGAAGCUUCUUCAUCGCAACAUCGAACGGCAAAGAAGACAAGAAAUGGCGAUUCUUUUUGCCUCUCUUCGUAGUCACCUACCUCUCCAAUACAUCAAGGGAAAGAGAGCGAUGUCAGAUCAUGUAAACGGAGCAGUAAAUUUCAUCAACGACACGCAAACUCGGAUAAAAGAUCUUGCCGCAAGAAGAGACGAGCUAAAGAAAGAUAUGGGUCCGAUUUGUUCGGGCCCUAGUAGUCAAACCGGAUCUGGAUCCGGAUCUGGGUCAAGUAGAUCAGAUCCAGCUAGUGUCAUGGUGCAACCGUGCGUGAGCGGCUUCGAAGUGGUUGUGAGCAGCUCAGCAUCAGGUCUCGAGGCUUGGCCACUCUCAAGAGUUCUCGAGGUUCUACAUAAACAAGGACUUGAAGUCAUCAGCUCUUUAACCGCACGAGUCAACGAGAGGCUCAUGUACACUAUACAAGUCGAGGUAAAUAGCUUUGUCUGCUUCGACUUAGCUUGGUUGCAGCAAAAGCUCAUUGAGGAGUUGGUACUUUCGACGACGGGGUAA